GUUGUUUUUCCCGCGCUAAUCUCACGGAGGAUCAGAGAGAGAGAGGAGAGAGAAAGGGGGAAAAGAGCACAGAGAGAGAGAGAGAGGGGAAACAAAGAAAGGGUGUUUUUGUGUGUGUUUAUUUUUUUUUCUGAUUUGCUUCCUGACUUUAGUUUCGAUUCGAUCUGAGGAAACUCCCUCUUGAUUCGUUGUUGAAUUGUUUGGUAAAGCUAGGGUUUUGCUUUGCGGAUCUGCGGAUCAGAGAUUUGAAGAGGUCUCCUAGUCUUGGUUCUGUACUGAAUCAUCAGCUUAGGGUUUGUGAAAGAUUGCUGGCUCUCAGUCCAGCUACUUUCAAAAUGGAAGACCUGAAAACGGAUAAUUCUCAUUCCGACAAUGGCACUUCUAUCGAAGCUCGAUUUGAAGAUUUUUGCAAGAAUGGACUAUCAUUAGAUGAACAAACUUACACUCAAACCAUGAAGCUGUUUAAUGAAAGCAAACACCUUUUGUCAACAACUAUUUCGGCUAUUGGAAAUGGCGCUCCAGAGGAAGCAGAACGGUAUUGGUUUGCAUUCAUUUUGUAUUCUGCAAAAAGAUUAAUUCAGAUGACUGCAGAUAAUAUGAAUCAGGGGAUUGAUAACAACGGAAUUACUUUAUGCCAGAUAUUGAGAGUUGCAAAGUUGAACAUUGUGGACUUCUUCAAAGAACUUCCUCAGUUCAUUGACAGGGUUGGUCCAAUUUUAUGUACCAUGUAUGGCGCAGACUGGGAAAAGAGACUUGAGGCAAAGGAGUUGCAGGCUAAUUUUGUGCACCUGAGCCUUUUAAGCAAGUACUACAAACGUGCAUACCUGGAAUUCUUCUUGACAAGUGAUGUAAAUGUUGACAAGCAGUCAGCUGUUACGGAUGCCACAGGCUACGUGUCGGACUACCAUCGAUUUGGGUGGUUGCUGUUUCUAGCACUCCGUAUCCAUGCAUUUAGUCGCUUUGAAGCCCUAGUGACUUGCACUCAUGGUUUGGUUGCUAUAUUGGCUAUCUUGAUUAUUCACGUUCCAAUUCGCUCAAGGAAUUUCUGUAUUGAUGACUCGCCAUGGUUUGUUAAGAAUGGCAGCAAAGGUGUGGACCUGGUUGCAUCACUUUGCAAAAAACAUGAGACGUCAGAAGAUGAGUUGAGGAAAACAAUGGAAAAGGCCAAUAAUUUAAUAGCAGAUAUUUUGAAAAAAAAACCACGUUCAGCUUCAGAAUGUAGAACAGAAAACCUAGACAAUAUCGAUACAGAUGGUUUGAUCUAUUUUGAAGAUCUAAUGGAGGAAUCAUCUUUGUCUUCCAGUUUAGAAAUUUUAGAAAAGGAUUAUGUUGAUGCAUUUUGUAGUAAUGGUGAACUGGAUGAGAGGGUGUUUCUCAAUGAGGAGGACAGCCUGCUUGGUUCUGAGAGCUUGUCUGGGGGUGCUAUGAAUGUCAACGGGGAGAAGCGGAAAAUUGACUCAAUAGCGUCUCCAGCAAAGACAAUCACAAGUCCACUUUCCCCGUACCGCUCUCCAUCUGCAUCUCAUGCAAAUGGUAUUCUUCCUGGUAGUAGUUCAAAGAUGGCAGCUACUCCUGUAAGCACAGCAAUGACAACUGCAAAGUGGCUUCGGACAGUAAUUUCACCACUUCCAUCAAAACCCUCAUCUGAACUGGAGCGAUUCCUGUCAUCAUGUGAUAGGGAUUUAACUACUGAUGUGAUACGCAGGGCUCGUGUAAUAUUAGAAGCAAUAUUUCCUAACAGUGGUCUGGGAAAGCGUUGUGUCCCUGGAAGCUUGCAAUUUACAAACCUGAUGGACAACAUAUGGGCUGAACAACGAAGAUCGGAAGCACUCAAGUUAUAUUAUAAGGUUUUGCAAGCAAUGUGUACAGCAGAGGCCCAGAUCUUUCAUGCAAGCAAUUUGACCUCAUUAUUAACCAAUGAGAGAUUUCAUAGAUGUAUGCUUGCCUGUUCAGCAGAACUAGUUCUUGCGACACAUAAGACAGUAACGAUGCUAUUUCCUGCAGUGUUGGAGAGAACUGGAAUUACAGCUUUUGAUCUUAGCAAGGUGAUAGAGAGUUUCAUUAGACAUGAGGAUUCUCUUCCAAGAGAAUUGAGGCGACAUCUUAACUCGUUGGAAGAGCGACUUUUGGAGAGCAUGGUAUGGGAAAAGGGCUCUUCAAUGUACAAUUCCUUGAUGGUGGCAAGACCGGCCCUUGCCACAGAAAUAAACUGUCUUGGGUUGUUGGCGGAACCUAUGCCAUCUUUGGAUGCAAUUGCCAUGCAUAUGAACAUUUCUUGUGGAGGCUUACCUCCUGUGCCAUCGUUACAGAAACAUGAAACUUUACCUGGUCAGAAUGGAGAUAUUCGGUCACCAAAGAGACUGUGUACCGAACAUCGAAGUGUGCUGGUUGAGCGAAAUUCGUUUACAUCGCCAGUGAAGGAUCGGCUUCUGACCUUCAAUAAUCUCAAAUCAAAACUACCACCGCCUGCUUUGCAGUCUGCAUUUGCCAGUCCAACAAGGCCAAAUCCAGGAGGUGGAGGGGAAACAUGUGCAGAAACUGCAGUCAGCAUAUUCUUUAGCAAGAUUGCAAAGCUAGCUGCUGUCAGAAUCAAUGGUAUGGUUGAAAGGAUGCAACUUUCUCAGCAGACAAGGGAGAGCGUUUACUGUCUUUUUCAGCAAAUUCUUGGUCAACGAACAACUCUGUUCUUUAACCAUCAUAUUGAUCAGAUCAUCCUCUGUUGUUUUUAUGGAGUUGCAAAGAUUUCUCAACUAAACCUUACAUUUCGAGAAAUUAUUUACAACUAUAGAAAGCAACCGCAAUGUAAACCUCAAGUGUUUCGUAGUGUGUUUGUUGAUUGGUCAUCAACACGGCGUCAUGGUAAAACGGGCCAGGAGCAUGUAGAUAUAAUUACGUUUUACAAUGAAAUCUUUAUUCCUGCUGUUAAGCCACUGUUGAUGGACCUUGCUCCUUCUGGAACUGCUCAAAAACCUAACCGGAUUCCCGAAGCUAACAGUAAUACUGAUGGUCAAUGCCCUGGAUCACCUAGGAUAUCUCCAUUUCCAGCUCUUCCUGAUAUGUCCCCAAAAAAAGUGUCUGCGGCACAUAACGUAUAUGUUUCUCCAUUGCGGUCAUCAAAGAAGGAUGCUUUAAUUUCACAUAGCUCUAGAAGCUACUAUGCUUGUGUAGGAGAGAGCACGCAUGCUUAUCAGAGCCCUUCAAAAGACCUGACUGCCAUUAAUAACCGCUUGAAUGGGACACGGAAGCUCAGAGGCACACUCAACUUCGACGAUGUUGAUGUUGGAUUGGUUAGUGACUCGUUGGUGGCCAAUAGUCUGUACCUUCAAAAUGGAAGUUGUGCCUCCUCAUCAGGUGCACCGUUGAAAUCUGAGCAACCUGACUCCUAACUUAUGAUCAGUACUUUCUGUGUCUGUAAAUCCUAGUUAUCCUUGUUUAAUUUUAUUUUUGUUCCAUAUUUUAUUCUACGUUUGAAGUCUAUGACACGGGUAUGUAUGAGCGGUGGGUUAUUGUAGAAUAGCCGCCACUACCCCCCACAGGUGCUAUUUACCGUUUGUCCUGCUCUUCAAAAAUGUAACCUUUUUCUAAUUAAAUAAUAAAGCCUUUUCUUCUUCUUUUUCUUUUC